UCAUUCAUGAUGGCACCUGUAUUCAUAGCAACUAACUAAUGAAUCAUAUGAUUGUUAUCAUAAACACUUGAGCAAUAUCGCUGGAGUAGGACUUUCAGUAUUUUCUGCUGCAGCUCUAUGGGGCUGACAGUUCCGGGAUUAAGAGAUCGUGAUCCGCAUUAGAUUUGGCACUAGCUGUAUCCCUUCUAGCCAGAACCAAGAAACAAGCGGAAGGGUCGCGUCUUUUUAUGUGUAAUGGCGUCAAUGAACCCAUCUUCAGGUGAAAGGAGCUCCGAAUAAGAAGCUGGAUUCAGACCCGUGAGAAUCCGGCAUUUCUCAAUUCAUCGUGAACUCAAAGAACAGGAAAGAAAUUGGCAAUCAUGGUCUCAAAUGUAGCUUUGUCGUGGCGCCUGGUUGCAGUGGUGGUGAUCACAUGUAUUGUGGUCUUGUUCUGGUUCUCAUACCUCAACAACUGCCCUCCAAUUCAACAACCUCAGUUCUCAGAAAAACUCAUCAAGCCUAUGAAUGACACUGCGAUACCUGAUAUAGUAACAAAAGAGAAACCGAUACUAUUGUUAUGGUUCUGGCCUGAAGACUUCCGGUUUGACCUAAACGAUUGUCAAACGUAUUUUAAUAUUGACAGUUGUUUUUUGACGGACGACAGAUCGCUCUACAGCAAUGCAGACGCUGUCCUCAUCUAUCACAAAUCCAUUAGCUGGGACCUAUCCAACCUUCCACCAUCCCCUCGCCCCGCGUUCCAGAAGUGGAUAUGGUUUAACCUCGAAUCACCGACUAACACGGCAAGAAAACCAGGUAUUGAAAAUUUGUUUAACCAUACACUUAGCUACAGACAGGACGCAGAUAUUUUUACAAGGCUGCACUUGACUGUCAGAAAAACUCCUGAUGAAAGUUUCCAAAUUCCCAAGAAGGAGAAACUGGUUUGUUGGAUAGUAAGUAACAAUAAUCCCGGGUCAGGUGUUGGUACGAGGAACGCUUAUUACAAUGAACUUAAGAACCACAUCUACAUACAAAUGUACGGUAAGGCUUAUGGGACGUUCCUGGACCACAAGGAUUAUUAUUCCACCAUAGCCAGCUGUAAAUUUUAUCUCUCCUUCGAAAACUCCAUCCACAAAGACUACAUCACUGAGAAGUUUAAUGGACCUCUGGCAGUAGGUACUGUACCUGUGGUGCUGGGACCUCCCCGCAAAAACUAUGAAAACUUUGUACCAGGCGAUGCUUUUAUUCAUGUGGAUGACUUUCCAAAUGCAAAGUCCCUAGCAGAACAUCUUAUCCGUCUGGACCUGGAUGAUGAAGCGUAUCGCAGGUACUUUAACUGGAGGAGACAUUUCUCAGCUCAACCUCAUUUACUACAGCAACAAGAGUUUGAUCUGCCCAUCUGCACGGCCUGUGAAUAUAUAGCAACGCAUAAAGACUAUAAAGAAAUACAUGAUCUCUAUGACUGGUACAACAAUUAAUUUAAUGAUUUCGUAUUGCAGACUUGAGGUUACAAACUGCCCGGAGUUUGGUGAAGGAUUUUAUAUCAUUGAACAAAAUAAUGUCAGACUCUCGAAAUACACUACAACAAAUUUCUGUAGAAAUCAACUUAUUGGAGAUAUAAUGUAAAGAUUACAUAUUUUGUUGCUAAAAAUAACAUUAUUUUGUGUAUUUGGUAUAAAGAAAUGUGUGGUUUGUGGUCCAAAAAAA